AUGCCUGGGACUCAUCACUCCAAACUUGGGCCCUGGGGCAACUUCUGGGCUACCAUGACCUUACUGGGCCUAGCUGUGCAUGCAGGCCAGAGAGCAGAUGUGGCAGGUGAAGCAGCGGAUGCCUCUAUUAACCACUCCUUGAAGAUGCUCCAGCGCCUGCGGGAGUUACAAGAUCUGGGCAAUGAGAGUGACACGGUGUUGCGGGUACAAGCUGCAGGUACUGAUGAAGUCCACGUUUUCCACGCUCACCGGCUGCUCCUGGGCUUGCAGAGUGAGGUAUUCCAGGGACUGCUCUACAACCAGAGUGAGGUGACAUUGCAGGAGCCCCGGGACUGUGCUGCUGUCUUUGAUAAAUUCAUCAGGUAUCUGUACUGUGGGGAACUGUCCCUUCUGAUGUCUCAGGCCAUUCCCCUGCACAGACUGGCCAGCAAAUACGGUGUGACUUCCCUCCAGCAGGGUGUAGCUGAGUACAUGAAGUCGCACCUUAUGGGAGAGAUGGGGGGCCCUGGGCCAGCCGUGGGUUGGUACCACUAUGCAGCACGGACAGGCAAUGAAGACCUCCGGGAAAGCUGCCUCCAGUUCCUGGCUUGGAAUCUGUCCGCUGUGGCGGGGAGCUCCGAGUGGGGGGAAGUGACUCCAGAGCUCUUGGCUCAACUCUUAGACCGCUCUGAUCUCGUACUCCAGGAUGAAUUUGAGCUCUUCCAGGCCCUGGAAGUCUGGUUGGGCAGAGCCCGCCCUCCCACCACGGUGGCCGAGCAGGCGCUUAGGGCCAUCCGCUACCCCAUGAUCCCACCUGCACAGCUGUUCCAGCUGCAGGCCCAGUCGCCAGCCCUGGCCCGUCACGGAGAAGCUGUGGGCGAUCUCCUCCUGCAGGCCUACCAGUUCCAUUCUGCCUCUCCUCUCCAGUACGCCAAGUUCUUUGAUGUCAAUGGCAGCGCCUUUUUGCCACGAAACUACCUGUCUCCAGCCUGGGGGGCCCUGUGGGUCAUCAGCAACCCUGCCAGGGAUGACCGAAGCACGAGCUUCCAGACGCAGCUGGGCCCCAGCGGCCACGAUGCAGGUCGGCGGGUGACUUGGAACGUCCUCUUCUCUCCCCGCUGGCUGCCCAUCAGCCUGCGACCGGUCUAUGCGGAUACGGCUGGGGCUGCCCUGCCAGCUGCACGCCCAGAGGAUGGGCGGCCCCGACUGGUGGUGACUCCGGCCAGCAUCAGCGGGGACGCCGCUGGCGUGAGCUUCCAGAAGACAGUGCUGGUCGGGGCUCGACAGCAGGGGCGGCUCCUGAUCCGCCAUGUUUACAGCUUCCAUCAGAGCAGUGACGAGGCCGGGGACUUCUUGGCUCACACUGAUCUGCAACGGCGCAACUCUGAGUACCUGGUAGAGAACGCUCUUCACCUGCAUCUCAUCAUUAAGCCCAUCUACCACAGCCUCAUUCGGACCCACAAGUAG